AUGCUUGGGGUGCUGCGGUCCCAUUGAUUGUGUUCCAUCUCCCUGACAGCAGCAUCGGCAGCAGGAAAGAGCAGAGCUGCACAGACUCCGCCUAGCCAACAUCAAACACCAAACCUGAACCUAGCGGUGGAGAGAUUUUACAGCAGCCAAACCCAGGCGUCGCUGAUUUACUGUAUAUUAUUAUCUCCCCGUUAAGAUGGGCUACCAGUAAUUGAAGGGGGUGGGAAGGAAACCCGAAUUGAAACCAAGCACAAAGGUGGGUGCACGCAAUCAUGAAAGGCUUGCACUAUUUCCAAGAACUGCUGCUCAGUCCGUGGACUGUACUGUAAAAAGUGGUUUUGCACUAAUAAAAAAGGCACGAUAAGGAAGGGGUAAAACAUGUCUGCUUCACUGGGGCCCCGCGGCCCUCGCCCACCCACCGCGCCUCUGAUGGAAGAUCUUCCAGACCUUAGCCAUCUGACUGAGGAAGAAAGAUCAAUUAUAAUGGCUGUGAUGGUUAGACAGAAGCAAGAGGAGGACAAAGAAGAAGCCAUGUUAAAAGAAGAAAAUCCACUAGAAGCAAGAACUGUACUCCUUAUUGGAAAGAAACACCCUGAACAAAAUGAAAGCAGAAGAUUGCACCAGCAAUUUGAAAGCUACAAGGAACAAGUUCAGAAGAUUGGGGAAGAUGCUCGCCGGUGCCAGGGAGAGCACAAGGACGACGCCCCGACCUGCGGGAUCUGUCGUAAAACAAAGUUUGCUGACGGCUGCGGACAUUUGUGUUCCUACUGCCAGACGAAAUUCUGUGCUCGGUGCGGAGGCAGAGUCUCUCUUCGUUCCAACAACGUAAUGUGGGUAUGCAAUUUAUGUCGUAAGCAACAAGAAAUUCUAACAAAAUCAGGAGAAUGGUUUUUUGGAAGAGGCCCGCAGCCAUCCAGUCAGGAUGGGGCUUUGAGCGAUACAGCGACUUGUGGUGAUGCGCCUAGAGAAAAGAAGGUCCGGCUUCAGGAACGGUCAAGAUCCCAAACCCCACUGAGCACUGCGACAGGGUCCCAGGAGGCUCAAGCACCCAUUGCACUCACCGACAGGGGCGAGGGGGUAGACAUGCUAUCAUCCAGGUCAAGAAGUGAACCCCCAAGGGACAGGAAAAAACCCACACCAUUUCAAGAGCAGAAUAGGAAAGGAGGUCAUAAAACUGAAAGAAAGCGGGUUCCAAAAAUUCAACAGGGUGAGAGGCAGGGCGAGAGGCAGGCUGAGGAGCGCCGUGAAAGCAGACGUUUGGAGAAGGGCAGGUCACAGGAUUACCAGGACAUGGACGAGGAAAGUAGAAAAGCUGAGGAGGAGAAACAAAGAAAAGAGGAAGAGUUUCAGACGCCGUACCGGAGUGACCCGAACUUAGCAAGGUAUCCUGUGAAACCCCAGACGGAAGAGCAGCAGAUGCGGUUUCACGCAAAGGUUUCGAAAGCACGGCACGAACGGAGGCACAGUGACGUAGCUUUAGCCAACACAGAGAUGGUGUCACAGGUGCCUGAAAACAGACUGGGAAGGCGGUCUCAACAGCCAGGAGCAGAGGAUCGCAAGACGCCAAUGGAGAAUCAGAGGUCGUAUUCAAUAGAAAGAACUGGGGAAGUACAAAUUUCGGUUUCUAAGAAAAUAGCCAAUCACAGCCCACCCGUGCAGAGGCACAGCCCGGUUCACGCCCAACAUUUAGAGUGUAAGGACCAGGACUGGUGCAAAAAAAAGUGCCAUCUAGACCCCAGUUCUGCUGUAAUUAUCCACAAAACUAAGAGGGAAAAGAUGGAAACCAUGCUGAGGAAUGACUCCCUAAGUUCUGAUCAGUCAGAAUCCCUGAGGCCUCCCCCACCCAAACCUCACAAAACAAAAAUCAAGAAAAGACAGAUGUCUGUCAGCAGCUCAGAGGAAGAAGGAUUGUCAACGCCAGAGUACACAAGCUGUGAAGACCCUGAGGUUGAGAGUGAAAGUAUCAGUGAAAAAGCUGCUGUCUUUGGCAGAAGACAGUUGGGUUGCCCAUCUCCCGAACAAUGCUGCGGUGACUGGGACUGUUUCCCGUUGGACACUGCCAUCUGGCAUGUUAGUGAUACUUCCCCAAUAAAUACGGGGCUGUUGGCGGGUCCUCCCAUCAAGCCUGGCCCACUUUGCUCUGUACAGCAUCCUGUUACAUGGCAGCCAUCCAAAGAAGGUGAUCAUUUAAUUGGACGCAUUAUUCUAAGCAAGAGAACAACUAUGCCAAAAGAGUCAGGUGCAUUACUAGGAUUAAAAGUUGUUGGGGGGAAGAUUACAGAAACUGGUAGACUCGGUGCCUUCAUCACCAAAGUAAAGAGAGGAAGCUUAGCGGACGUCGUUGGCCACUUAAGAGCAGGUGACGAGGUGCUGGAAUGGAACAGCAAGCCAUUACCUGGAGCAACAAAAAAAGAAGUUUACAAUAUCAUUUUGGAGUCCAAAUCUGAGCCUCAAGUCGAAAUAGUAGUUUCAAGGCCAAUUAGAGAUAUUCCUAGAAUCCCAGAAACAUCUCAUCCUCCACUAGAAUCUAGUUCAAGUUCUUUUGAGUCUCAGAAAAUGGAGAGGCCUUCUAUUUCUGUUAUAUCCCCAACUAGUCCCGGAAACCUCAAAGAUGCACCCCAGGUUUUACCCGGACAGCUUUCGGUAAAGUUGUGGUAUGACAAAGUGGGACACCAGCUAAUAGUAAACGUGCUUCAAGCCACGGCCCUCCCGUCGAGAAUGGAUGGCCGGCCAAGAAACCAAUAUGUCAAAAUGUAUUUCCUUCCAGAUAGGAGUGACAAAAGUAAAAGGAGGACCAAAACAGUUAAGAAAAGUUUAGAGCCCAAGUGGAACCAAACAUUUAUCUAUUCCCAUGUGCAUCGGAGGGACUUUCGAGAACGGAUGUUGGAAAUCACUGUCUGGGACCAACCUAGAGUACAAGAGGAACAAAGUGAAUUUCUUGGAGAGAUCCUCCUGGAGCUGGAGACAGCCCUUUUGGACGAUGAACCACAUUGGUAUAAACUUCAGACACAUGAUAUAUCUUCACUACCUCUGCCUCAGCCAUCACCAUAUAUGCCACGGAGACGCAUGCACGGGGAAAGCCCUUGCAAAAAGUUACAAAGAUCUCAGCGAAUCAGUGAUAGUGACAUCUCAGAUUAUGAUGUUGCUGAUGGUAUUGGAGUAGUUUCAACAGCUGCAGAAUGUAGGUCAAACAAUCGAGAAAGUAAAUCCACAACACUUACUGUGCCAGAACAACAGAGAAGGACACAUCAUCGCUCACGAUCCGUGUCCCCUCACCGCGGUGACGACCAGGGCAGGACCCGGUCCCGAAUACCAAGUGUGCCACUACAGAGGAGUUUAGAUGAAAUUCAUCAAUCACGAAGGUCACGUUCUCCCACUAGAAACCAUGCUGCCUCUAGAAGUCCAAUAGAACGCAGGUCUAGGGAUAUCGACAGUCAGUAUUUUUCAGAGGAAAGCGAGUUCCUCUUGCUGCCCAGAGCAAAACGAGGGACAAGUGCAGAGUGCCUGCAUACUAACAGUGAUCUACAGCCCUCUCUUGACAGGGUUAGGAGUGCUAGUACCAACUGUUUGAGACCAGAUACUAGUUUCCAUUCACCAGAACGAGAAAGAUGUUCCCACUCACUGGAUAGGAGACGGCCUACUAGCCCCAGGAUUUAUAUCCAGCAUGCCUCCCCGGAGGACGACAGCUGGACAACGGACCCUGUUGUUCCAAAACAGGAGACUGUUAAUCACCUCAGUGCUAGACCAAGAGCAGCCCAGAGGCAGUCAAGAAUGCUGGACAGAUCUAGUAGCCACAAACAUGGUAGAAAAGACACUGCCUCUGAAAAUGAAAGAGCACAUCAACAAGGCAGCUUGUCUCAGUCGCCCCCUACAGGAGCUCCCUCGUCAGGACGCAGAGGAAGGCAACUCCCCCAGGUCCCUGUAAAGAGCAGCUCUGUAGAGCAAGCACUAGCAGUAGAAGAGCGAGCACGACAGGUGAAAAUGAAAGUACAUUCCUACGCAUCAGCCACGAUGUCCAGCUCGAGUCAAGAGCAAGAGAGAGAAGUGAAGACCAAGCGGGAGUUAUAUAAAGAACAGCGCAGAAGUUGUGACAAUGUGUCCACUAGAUCCUCGGACAGUGAUAUCAGCGAUGUGUCAGCCAUUUCUCGUACCAGCAGUGCCUCUCGCCUCAGUAGCACAAGCUACAUGUCAGUGCAAUCCGAGCGUCCCCGAGGCAGAGUCAGUGCAUUUACUUCUAAAAUGUACAGCAGACAGAUGCGGACUUCGGGGAGGAACAUGACGAAGAGCACAAGCGUGAGCGGGGAGAUGUACAACCUGGAGAGGAACGACGGCAGCCAGUCGGACACGGCCAUCGGGACGGUGGGGACAGGAGUGAAGAAGCGCCGCUCCAGCCUGAGUGCCAGAGUGGUGGCGAUCGUUGGCCUGCCAUCGCGGAAGAGUCGAAGCACAUCUCAGCUCAUCCAAAAAGAAGCUGCCCACAAGAAGUUGAAAAGUACCAUACAAAGAAGCACAGAGACGGGGAUGGCUGUGGAAAUGAGAAACAGCAUGGCCCGGCAGCCGAGCCGUGAGUCUACCGAUGGGAGCAUGAACAGCUACAGCUCGGAGGGGAAUUUGAUAUUCUCUGGGGUGAGGUUAGGAGCUGACAGCCAGUUCAGUGACUUCCUUGAUGGGAUAGGACCGGCACAGCUGGUGGGUCGACAGACUCUCGCCACUCCUGCCAUGGGUGAUAUUCAGAUCGGGAUGAUGGACAAGAAAGGGCAGUUAGAAGUUGAAGUUAUCAGAGCCCGUGGCCUCACAGCUAAACCAGGUUCCAAAAAUCUUCCUGCUCCGUAUGUUAAGGUCUACCUGCUGGAGAAUGGAGUAUGUGUAGCCAAAAAGAAAACAAAGAUUGCACGAAAAACACUGGACCCCUUGUAUCAGCAAUCACUGCUUUUUGAGGAGAGUCCACAGGGUAAAGUUUUACAGGUGAUAGUCUGGGGAGACUAUGGACGUAUGGACCACAAAUGUUUCAUGGGAGUUGCACAGAUCCUAUUGGAAGAGUUAGACUUGACCAGUAUGGUGAUUAGCUGGUACAAACUGUUCCCGCCUUCUUCCCUGGUGGAUCCCACAUUAACACCCCUUGCCCGCCGGGCUUCCCAGUCAUCUCUCGAAAGUUCAACUGGACCUCCUUGCAUAAGAUCAUAGUGACCUGGCUGGAGAUCCUUACUAAUGUAGAACUUAGCAACUGGGACAACAAUCAGAACCAGACGUAACCAUGAUCAAAUCUUUGUUGGAGCCAGACAAUCACUCCUAUUGUUUUUUUGUCGGUAGUACUUUUUUUUAAAAAAUAGGGCUGUUAAAAAAUGGUAAUAAUAAUAAUAUCACAAUGCUGCUUUCAAUUGGCAGAAGCUAGUAGGCCAGUGAGAGCCCUUGUUGUUAUUUGUGAUAUUAUACAAUCAAAAUCAUGAGUAAUAUAGUGUAGCUUAAAAGAAAAUCAAAGCAAACUAGAAAGUCCCUGACUCCAUUUAAUGAAAAAAAAAGUUUGUCCACACUUUGAGUGAAACCGUAAGCAGUGUUAACAGGAUUUUUCUGCACUUUUUCCACGAUGCUGGCAGAGUCCCUUUCAAAGUGCUGUAGUCUGUCUCUGUAAGCAUUGCAAAGCGUUCAACAAUUAAGAGCAAACCCCCCCCCCCCCCCCCCCCGGAUGCCACUGGUUCUUAUCUCUCUCUCUCUCUCUCAAAAAAGUUUAGAAUCUCGGUUUACAACAACACUUGUGCUGUUCCUUUCUUUUCCUUUUUCUUUUGUAUACAGGCACACAUGUUUGCAUUAUGAACACAGGUUUUUAUGUUUUCUGAUGUUUUGCAUGGGGGAAAAUGUUCUGAAGCAAUUUCUGUGAAGCAGCUUAAGUCUUCAUUGAGACAGGAAAACAUUAACUUGUAAUCCUGUUUUUUUCCUACAAUCAUAAAGAGUUUUCUGUGUAUAAAUGUAUACUUGACUUCCCGAGAUGUUGACCAAUAAAGGGCGUUUAGCAUAUGACACUUUUGAGCUGUACCCAGGAUUCUCUGGAAGCGUGUUGGUUUGGACACCUCUGUUUGCCCUGGAUAGAGCAUGCUAAAAUUUGUUUGGGUUGCACUGAAAAGUUUUGGUGAAACGUCCUGCACAGAUUUAGUGUUUUUAUCAGACUUUUACAUUAUGUUUUACAUUAUGUUGAGAUUAAUCCAAGCAGAAAAGCUUGAUUUUUUUACUGCAAAAAUAAGCCAAAUUACAAUUUGCUCUUUGUCUAUUUUAUUUCCUCUUUGCCUUGACAAAGAUAAAAUCCCUUUGUGGAUAAUUUCUUCUUUUCCUUUUCUAAAUAAAAUCAAUUUGAGAAUCAUUUCCUCUUUGCCUUGACAAAAAUAAAUAAAGCCCUUUGUUAAUUUCUGUAAAUGUGACAAAAAGACUGCAGACUGUGCCGGUGCAAUGAUAGCGUUUCUUUUCAUCCUUUAACAGGCCAUUUUAUUUUAUAAUGACACAAGUAGAGCAGCAUGACUCUGGAACUGUUCAAAGCUGCAUGCACAUUUUGUAAACACAAAACAAAAAAAGAGGUUAUUUAAAUGUGUGUUAGUAACACAGAGGCCAGCUUGUAUGUUGCAUGUACUCGUACAGUUUGCUCGUACUACUAUAAAAAGAGAUAUCCAAGAAAUUGAAGCCAUUCAUUUUUGCAUAUAGACAUUUUGCAGACUUUGAUCCAAGCUGUGUCUCUCAGUCUGGUGCUAAAUGUCUAUAGACAGACUUUAUUUUUUACCCUAUGGAGAAAAAGUGAUGUAGUACAGACCAGACCUCUUCUAAUAAAUAUGUUGGUGUAGAUUCUUACUGUGGGGCUGUAACAGAUGCAGAAAUUGUACAAACAAGAUUUUAAUAUUAUAUAUAUAUAUAUAUAUAUAUACACACACACACACACACACACAGUGCCUUGCAAAAGUAUUCAUCAGA